AUGUGUGGAGCUGAACAUCAGCAAAACCAAAGAGGUGGUGGCAGCAACAAGCAGAGGGAGCUCACCUUUGAACCGCUGAAGUUCUCCUCCAACACUGAGGAGAUCCUCUGGAAAUACCAGCGGAGACAAUAUCUUCUUAGGAAGCUCAGUUCCUUCAGAGAUAAAAGACCCUCUGUCACCUCCUACACCCUGGCUGGACCCCAGGGGGCCAAUGGCAUCAGUGACAAAGGGUUUGGCUUGAAACAAGCAGCAUUAAGGUCUCCACCACCAUCUCGUCACCCUCCAACCAUUAGACAGCUUUGCAAACUGAGAGGAUACCCUGCUCAGCGGAGGGUGGCGAUUCAGGGUCUAGCAGCGAUCAACCGGCCGUCCCUGCCCAUAGAAGGAGCUGCGGCCCCAAGAGGAGAACUGCGCCACUAUGCCACGGGAUAUAACCGGGACACCGACACGGGGCUCCGCAGAGAAUAUCCGAGUGUGUGUGGAUUGUUGCAGCGCCAGCACGCCAGCAGUUUGCGUUUUACUCUCACGUCCAUGAUCGGCAGGACGAGACAACUCGGCCAAGAUGGAAAAACCUGGUGGAGACAGGAGGCAUCGACUCCCCAGCAUCACAUGAAGAACUGGAAGGUGAUGCUGUGGGUGGUGGCAUCAUUGCUGACACUAGUGGAAGAAGUUUUUUCUGAGGAGGAAAAUAAAGAGGAUCAGUCAGACCUCCAGCGUAUACUCAGGCAGCCCUCCUUAUAUCAUGCUGAGAAUAUGAAACAGGACAACGGGCUCCACACAUCCUGGCUCAAAGCCUUUGAAGAGUGGUCCCUGAUGCAGGGAGAGGAGAUGCAGCAGAGCAGAUGGCGGCGCUCCCCUCGUGACCAAAACUCGCACAGAACAUCAAGGAGGAAUGGCAAGAAGACCAAGAGCAGUCGCGACUGCCACUUGGAGAGGAAGGAGAUGCGGGUGCGGGAUCUUGGUCUCGGCUAUGACUCAGAUGAAAUAAUCCUCUUUAAGUACUGUGUUGGAUCAUGCCACAGCUCCCGCAAGAACUAUGACCUGGCCCUAAAGGCUCUAAUGGAGAACAGGAGCAUAUCCGGCAAUAAGAUCAGCAGUCACCCAUGUUGUCGGCCUACCCGUUAUGAGACUGUGUCCUUCAUGGACACACAGACUACCUGGCAGACAAUUAGGUGGCUCUCUGCGGCCAACUGCAGCUGUGUGGGUUGAUUGCACCAGAGAGUGUCUAUCUGCAUUACAGAAACAGAGAAAAGCUCUUGUGUGAAAGGGCAGAAUGCCACCAGGCCUGGUCUCUGUGGUGAUGACUAAACCCUGGUUCACAUGGUCUGAAGCCUGUGAUAGGGCCGACAGUGCAGUAGUCGUGGCCGUCCCUCCGCUAAAAGCUUGGCUGUUGUAAAUGGAGGUUUAGAUACCGUUAGGUACAAUGUAUAGCCCCAGCAGGCUAUUUAGAUGUUUGCCACCAGCCCUGGGCAAUGGAAGGUUAUUUAAAUGCCACCAGCAGUAAGCAUGUUGGAGGAGACUAUCAGUACUGUUCCAGUCCAUAAUGGACUAUAUUUUGUGUCCUUCAAGCAACCUGUCCUAUUGAAAGGUUACGGCUGUCUUCAGUUCUUUGGUAAAAGGAACUCUCACCAGAAUUCAGUAAGGUUCAUUCGUAGCUUUUGUCUUCUUUUUGACUGGGAGCUGAUGAUUUCAUCAGUAAUCAGUUUUAUCAGCAGAUAGUCAUAGAACCUUAUCAGCUAUCUAACUAAAAUGUAGAAGCUAGCAUUAGAACAGGCUUACUGUAUACAAACUAUUGUGUCUGACACAUACUCCAUCAGGUAUGAAGGGUAACAAUUUUUAUUUGUGUUCACAGAUUGGAAACAUUAUCAUUCAUUACCUUGCAAACUUUAAAGGAUGUCAAGGAUAAUACAUCCUGAAGCAUAAAAUCCCAAACCCAAAGGCAAUACACAUUUACUACACACAGCAAAACCAAACAUAGAACUGGCAAAAUCAGAGGCGUGUGUGUGUGUGUGUGUGUGUGUGUGUGUGUGUGUGUGUGUUACAAUGCAACAAACCAAUGACAGCCUGACCUCAAAUAUAAUGGCAAUUUGAAAAGGUUUCCAUUAUCAUCUUAAAAAGUUUGCAUCUAAGCAUAAUAAGACAUUUUAAUACUGGAACUGGCCAACUACUUAGCUAGUUAACGAAGCCAAAAACGAAACAAAAGUUUGUUCAGGUCUGUUUGUACAGUAUUCACUGUAUGUAAAUAACAAGUCUACUUUAUUCGACAGUUACUUUUUAGUUUGAACAUUACCGACUUACUCACCCUUACACAUCCUCAUCACAUCUUUGUUUAAAAAAAAUCUCUUUUUCUUACAUGACUGUCUUAUAGCCUCUAAUUCUUAUCCAUAUUUGCCAAAAGCCAGUUAUCCAGUGCACCUCCAUGAUGGAGCCAAAUGUGAAGUUAAGACAACAACGCAUAAACAAGUCAACCAUAAACCCAGUUUAACUAGUUUAAAGUCCAAAUACAAUGAUGUGAAGACAUGCUAUUAUGAUUUUAGAAGUUUACAGAAGUAUAUCUGUUUUGAUUUCUAUAGUCAAUGGUCUUCAUAAGACCAACAUUUGCUUUCACUAUGUGAUACAACUCUACCAACUCUACCUUUCCUUCCAGGGCAGCUCAAAAAACUUGUAACAAAAGCAACUGUAGUCAGUCUCUCUCUCUCUCUCUGUCUCUCUCUCUCUC